UGACAGUGUUACUAUGUAUCACAUGACAUGACAUGUUGUUGAUUGUGAAUUUAAUAAAGAGCGAGCGAACACACGGAAUUUUAUAAGUAAAAAAUGAACGGAGUUCGCUUAAUUUGUUUGUUGAGUAUUGCCUAUUUACAUCUAGUCACAGGAUCUACAACAUUCAAACUUGCUUCUUAUUACAAUGAUCACAUGGUUCUACAGAUGGCCCCUGAGCGGGCCAGUAUCUGGGGUUAUGCUGAGGAGUCUGCUGAAAUUCAGGUUACACUCAAGGGGAAAAUUUAUAAAGCUAUAACAACUCAUAGUUCAUUCAGUGCAGAUGCGAUAUGGAAGGUGACGUUAGACCCUGUUCCACCUAGUGGUCCAUUUACAAUCACGAUAUCCUCAAUAAGUCAUGGUAUUCAUGAGGUCAUUGAGUUGAAGGAUGUGCUGUUUGGUGAUGUCUGGGUUUGUAGUGGGCAGAGUAACAUGGCAUUUGAAGUCAAACAGGCUUUCAAUGGAACAGAAGAGCUUCUAAAAUCGUAUGAAUAUCCCAAUGUACGUGUUUUUGCAGUAGAACAGGUUGAAUCCAGUGUUCCUUUCUAUGACCUGCAAUCUGUGUACCUACCAUGGUCAAGGCCAAGUCCAGAGGCUCUUGGUCAGAAUACCGCGACUUUUACAUAUUUCUCGGCCGUAUGCUGGUUUUUUGGCAGGGACCUUUAUGACCAUUUUGAGUAUCCAAUCGGCCUGAUAUCAACCAACUGGGGAGGUACUCCAGACGAAGCCUGGUCCUCUCCCGACGCCCUGGCUAAAUGCAAUAUGACAAGGCAGAACUAUGCUCAGAAGCUUGCUGAGGAACAUGCUUAUAAAUAUCCUCAUGAAUUUGCUCAGAAAGAAACUCAGGAAUAUGCUCAGAAAGAAGGCGACAGUUUUCACUUAUGGAAAACAACUUUUCAAGGGCCUGCACAACAUAGUGUUUUAUGGAAUGCAAUGAUACACCCUCUUCUCAAUAUGACCAUUAAGGGGGCAAUUUGGUACCAAGGGGAAGCUAACGCUAAUGCCCCCAACACCUACAACUGUACAUUCCCUGCAAUGAUCGAUGACUGGAGAGCAAAGUGGUAUAUGGGUACCGGUGGACUCACAAACAAACAAUUUCCUUUUGGAUUUGUGCAGCUUUGCACAUCAAAUUCUGUCCAACCAGGAUUAAUUGGCAACUAUCCCAUUUUGAGGUGGCAUCAGACUGCCGAUUACGGAUAUGUUCCUAAUCCAAGAAUGGAAAAUGUUUUUAUGGCUGUGUCUAUCGACCUACCUGACCCCACAUCCAUAUAUCAUCCAAUACAUCCAAGAUACAAGCAAGAUGUCGGGCAUCGACUUGCAUUAUCAGCCAGGGCCGUGGCCUAUCAAGAAGAUUAUGUAACCUAUUCGGGACCAUUUCCAACUAAGUUUGCUGCCAGUAAUGAUUCACUUGCAAUUCAGUACGAUCAUGGAAAAUCCAACAUCGCUAUCAUCAACAGUGAUGGCUUUGAAAUCUGUUGCUGUCCAACAGGCACAUCAUGUGACAAUUGGUCCCCAUCAACAAUAACAGACCAGCAAUCACCUUCGAUUCUUACUCUCUCACACAACUGUUCCACUGGUUCCAUAACACAGGUCAGAUACCUGUGGAGAGAAUACCCAUGUACAUUCAAAAACUGCUCCAUCUACAGUGUAGAAAACAAAUUACCAGGGGCGCCUUUCAUCUUGCCACUGAAAUAAAGUCAUAUUUUUUAGCCCUGCACACACUGCGUCGAUGGUCAACAGUUGACACGAUUCCAUAAAGAACACAACGCGACAUGGCAUAUGCAACAGAUUGAUUUUAAAGCCAGGCCCAGAGGAAAAAAUCUUUUGAUAUGUUGUACGACUAAUUUUUCUAAGACACAAAAAGCAUAUUUGACAAAAAACUCAAGAACUGAUAAUGAGAUACAGAUUUUUGAAUAUUUAAAAACUGGGGAAGAAGGGGUGUAACCAUCCCCUUUUCCACCUUUUCCUCCUAGUUUUAAAUAAAUUCUGUUUCUCAAUAACCGUUCCCAAAUUCGUUCGUCAAAUUUGUUUUUUGAGUCUUCGAAAAAUCAGUUGCACAACUUAUAAAAAAAAAAUGUUCCUCCAGAGCCAGGUUUUAGUAAUGAUCUGCUUUUAAGGCUGCGUUCAGACCUUAGCGAUGUUAGCCUUAUCUAUCACCGUGUGUACAUUAAUCCAAGGCGUAGGCAGCGGGAUGUCCAGACUGGGCAAAUAACGUAAUGGUAGUGUAAGUGUUCAUGCGAAAUAUAUAAAUUCGUAAUCAUGCAUUUUAUUUCCUGUUUACAUGUAGACUUAUUGUGAUUGGUCAGAUCCUGGCCGAGUUCAUAAUCAUUGAUGCAUGACUGUCAUAGCUCAGUGGCGUACGCUAAUCUGGGUCUGUUGGUGGAUUAUCAUACGCCAGCGAUUGCGUAUUAAUACUGGCGUCCACUACGCCGCACACAAGUUCACACCAUUCGAUUAACAUUAACGUAUCUCUCAGGUCUGAACAUAGCCUUAAUCAUACAAAGCAUUUGCUUGUAGGGAAUGUGUAAGGUUGUAUAAUUUUCAAAAUCAGGUAUCAGAGAGAUGAAAGACAACCAUCCGCCACCUUGUGAAAACUUGGGGGGAUGCAGAUUUAAAAAAUGUAUGGAGACAAAUUUAAGAUUUGGUGAAAUAGUGUUUGGUGAAUGGUAAUAGGAUAGUGUUUGGUGAAUGGUUAGGAUUACUACAGCCAAUGUCAUAGCCAGGAUUCCCAAGUAGUGUGGGGCACUUUAAGAGUGAACCCAAUCCAAGGAUGAACCCAUUUUAAAAGUGGGCCCAUUUUAAAAAUAUUUACCUAUUUUAUGCAUGCAGAAUGUAUGACCCAAUUCAUUUGUACAAACUGAAUAAUGUGGACAAUUUUGAAACCUGCAACCCAUUUUACACAAAAUAAUGUAACUAAUGACUGUGGAUCCACCUUUAAGAAGUACAGUAGACCCAUUUAAAAUUAUUUAUCUAUUUUAUGUUUAAAACUAAUGUUCAAUCAAUUCAGUUCAAAAAAGACAUUGAUUUACUUCCUCAAACUAUCUUAAUAAUAUUAAUUAUGGGAAAUUAUAAUAAAAAGUUAAUCAUGUGGUUUUUGUAUACUAAAAAUGUGGACCCAUCUUUUAAAACAUGCACCAUUUUAUGCAUAUAAACAGAAUACUGUGGAACAUUUUAGAAAUUUAGACUCAUUUUAAACCUAAAAUCUAAUGUGGACUCAUUCCAUGGUUAAAAUUGUUGCCCCCGAUUGUCCCAAUUCCUGGCUACGGCGCUUUUUGAAUUUAGUAAAAUGUGUAUAUUCAUUGCAUAAAUAUUGAUGUAAAAACACGAUGGAACUGUAUACAAGAGUAUGAACAACAGUAAUUUGUAUUUCAUACAUACGUAUAUGUUUAACACGUUUGUAUUCUGUAAUUAGUAAAACAGUACUUUUUGAUUAUCGACAUAUUUGAAAUUGGCUUUCUAAGGUGAUAUUGUAUGCAGUAAUUAUUCAAGUAAACGCCCUGAGACGUUUAUUGUUGAGAAGGGUUAUUGAGGGGGGCGUUUAUUCGAAGGAGGCAUUUACUUUUCGAUAUAGUUGUAUAUUGGCUUUAAGACACAUUUCUAUUUAAUACACUCCAAUUGCUGGAACAAAGCAGUUUCCAAAAUACCAUGUGUUUGCAACCCAAACGUGAGAGUCUGUUCCCUUGUUUUUAAUUAGGCCCUACUUACUUAUUUUUAACUUUAAUUAAUAUUACCAGUAGAUUGGAAACUGCCAACUUUGGCCAUUUAUUGAGAUUAUACCGUAGAGGAACAAUGAAAGAAACCAUGUCUGUCUUGUUUAUAUUUGUUUAAUACAAAGUCUCCUUACAGAUAUCUACAGCAGCGUGUCCGUUGGACAGACCGAACGUAGUAGACACGCUCCCCACUUUCCAUUACAAUAGUCAUUUGGAGUGGGGGUGUUUAUUUAAGAUUUAUUCGAGGGGGCAUUUAUUCAAAUAAAUAUGGUAUGUUUAUAUAUGUAUGUGCACUAAUAAAUAUAAAAAUAAAUUUAUACUGUG